AUGUCUGAAUUUGACAAAUACAGUACUCCAUUGUCAUCCCGUUAUGCGUCGGAAGAAAUGUCUUCCAUCUUUUCGCUGAGAAACAGAUUCUCCACGUGGAGAAAACUAUGGUUGAACCUAGCCAUCGCUGAACAGGAACUAGGAUUGUCAGUUAUCACCGAUGAAGCCAUUCAACAGAUGGAAAAACACCUGAAAAUCACCGAUGAGGAAAUCGGGGAGGCCUCGAAACAGGAGGCCAUUGUCAGACACGACGUGAUGGCUCACGUGCACACAUUCGGGGAAACUUGCCCUUCAGCCGCUGGAAUCAUCCACUUGGGUGCCACCUCUUGUUUCGUCACCGACAACGCCGAUUUGAUCUUUUUGAGAGACGCCUACGAUGUGUUGAUCCCAAAGCUUGUCAACGUUAUUGAUAGACUCGCAAAAUUCGCCGUGGAAUGGAAAGAUUUGCCUGUGCUUGGAUGGACCCAUUUCCAACCAGCCCAAUUGACCACCUUGGGUAAGAGAGUCACCCUAUGGAUUCAGGAACUCUUGUGGGAUCUCAGAAACUUUGUCAGGGCCAGAAACGAUUUGGGUCUGCGUGGUGUGAAGGGUACUACCGGUACGCAAGGGUCGUUCUUGGCCUUGUUCCAUGGCGAUCAUGACAAAGUGGAAGCUUUGGACAAGAGAGUCACCGAACUGCUCGGUUUCGACACUGUGUACCCAGUCACUGGUCAAACCUACUCCAGGAAGAUCGACAUCGAUGUCUUGGCACCAUUGUCGUCCUUCGCUGCCACCGCUCACAAGAUGGCUACCGAUAUCAGACUGUUGGCUAAUUUGAAGGAGCUUGAGGAACCUUUUGAGAAAUCCCAAAUUGGCUCUUCUGCUAUGGCUUACAAGAGAAACCCAAUGCGCUGCGAACGUGUGUGCUCGUUGGCCAGACAUUUGGGGUCUCUGUUCAGUGACGCUGUUCAGACCGCUUCUGUCCAGUGGUUCGAGAGAACCCUUGACGACUCUGCUAUCAGAAGAAUCUCGUUGCCAAGCGCCUUCUUGACUGCCGACAUUUUGUUGUCGACCUUGUUGAACAUCUCUUCUGGUCUGGUUGUUUACCCUAAGGUCAUUGAAAGAAGAAUCAAGAGCGAACUUCCCUUCAUGGCUACUGAAAACAUCAUCAUGGCUAUGGUGGGCAAGGGAGCCUCCAGACAAGAGGUCCACGAGGCAAUCCGCGUUUUGUCACAUCAAGCCGCUGCUGUCGUCAAGGAACAAGGUGGCGACAACGAUUUGAUAGAGCGUGUUCAAAAAGACAAGUUUUUCCAACCCAUCUGGAACGAACUGGACUCUCUGCUUGAACCCUCGACUUUUGUGGGCAGAGCUCCACAGCAAGUGACCAAGUUUGUCGAGAAUGAUGUCAAAACUGCCCUUGCUCCAUUCCAGGACAAGAUCUCGAACGAAGAGGUCAAACUAAGCGUGUAA